UCAUGUCACCAGAAAUAAAUAGGGUGGGGGGCGGCGGGGGGGGGGGUCAUGAAUAACCUGCAGGGAAUGUGUGUGUGUGUGUGUGUUGCUGCAGGAUUUUCCAGUAUUUUGUUUUUUUUCGCAUUUAUGCGCACAACACAGCAUCAUUUGACAAACAAACAAAGAAACAUGUUAGUGUAACUCUGGUUGGCUCUGGCGUCCUCCAUGUCCCCCCCACCCCACCCCACCCCUCCCCCACCACCACGCGCGCGCGCACUUGUAUAUUUUGGGGUGUGUCAAGCAGUCCGUCAUUGUUAAGAGGUGAGGUGUCAUUCUCGUAACAAUGGCUCCUCAAACAAACCCGCUUCUGGAAGGCCCUGGGGAGCCUCCGUGCAUGCCAGCGGCCGACAUUGUCAAGAGAAGAGGGGAGCUAAGGAGCUGUUUUUUUUGCGUGUCUGGGAAAAGAGCUUUCUCUACGUGUGUGUUUGCAUUCAGCUGCUCCUUAGGUCAGCUAAAACCAGGAGAGCACUCCCACCCCCCUUUUUUUUCUGUUGGUGGGGACCCCAGUCGGCCGCUGCCUCCAACCGGGUUGGAAAUGAAGCUCAAAUGGCAUUCGGACGGGGACGGGUGAUUUCUGGCGACAUGCGACGAGCCUCGCGACCGCCGGCUGCCGCGUAACAGGCCGAGGUUUGUCACCCGGCGAGGGACGGGACGCUACGUGCCGUCCACGAACCCCGUUUGGACUGCAGUCGCGCCUCGAGAUACAAGCGACCCGACGCGCGAGUUAUGUCGGUCGGAUGAGUAUUUAUUUUGUUGCUUUGGCUUGUGAGUAAACAUUCACGAUACAACUCAAGUUCCCACUUCCACUUCACUUCCCAACAAGCGGCCGGUAGCCACUCCCUAACAUGAAAAGAAUUAGCCUUAAGUCUGUUUAGCUUAAUGCUCACAAAUCGCCAGCUAACGCAGCGCAUCAGUGUCGAUAUUUGAACCCAAACCUCACAGCCUGAUAUUCUUUAUCCUUUGGAAAAAAAGGACUGCCGUUUUGUCUCUCUUAUCCUGCCGCUCGGUGGUCAAGGCUCACACACCAGAAGGAGCAGCACGACGUCCACUGAAUCGAAGCGAAAAAUGUGGACGAACACCGUUUCAUUCUUUACAUUCUGUUGAAUGAGGUCGUGACGGCAUGAUUUUAUGACGUACAAUACUAUAGUGCUAUUUGUUGAAUUUAAAAAAAAGCUAAACUCGUAUCUCAAGGCACGUCUGUAUGACCUCCGCCGAAGACGUUUCGUUUCCAGAAGCUUCAAUGCGCUCUGGCUCACAUCCUGUUUGUCGGGAUUUACAAUCGAAACGAAUGGAAAUUGGGUUACGAUAUUGGCGGCACGGGACGCCAGCGUUUAGCAUACCCGCCUCACACUUCUCAGGCGCUGGGUUCCGAGCUUCAAGCGUCCUCCCCCAUUUCCAAAACCACGCAUGCGAUGUCCAUCGAAUUGUCCAAAGGUGUCAAUGAGAGUUGGAAUGCUGCGAGGACUCCGUGUGCGCUGCCGUGGUUUGUUUGCUUUUCAAUUGGCGGGGACGUCGCCGAUCCCCCUUUGCAUUUGUGUCCCUGCGUCAAGCCUUCCUCCACGCACGCGCGCACGCACAUCACAUACACAUGCAGAUCUCACAAGCAAACAAACAAGCACAGAUCACGCCGACACAAAUCACACAAGCAACACACACGUGCAGUUCGCCAACGCACGCACAUUUAACCCACAUGCAGUCAACGCACAAAGAUCACACACUCACACGCAUUUGUCAUCUUCCGUGCCAGCUCCGCUCUCGUUUGUUAUGCCAACGAACUCCUGCAAAUCAAUUGUUGUCACUUGAGUGUGCGUCUUGUGUAUUUUCAUAUCCCGUAAAAGAGUGAACGAUGGCCACAUGACACCUCAGUGUGACUCCUUGUCUAUUUUGGACAGCCCCCCCCCCUCCCCCACCCCCCACAUCUGACAAGCCACGUUAUGUUUUCAUGGGUAGGGGGGCGCAUCUUAAUGACUGGCACUGUUAAUUGCCAAGUCAAUUAGCAUAAGGUCCUCGUCCCAUGCUAAUGAGACCUAAUUAGGGCGAUCUGGGACGCCCCGAAGAGGCUGGCAAAUCUACUUUCAUGUUUCCGCAUGUUGCCGCUCGCCCUCUAGUUGAUUCCACGCCCCAACCCCCCCCGGAGCCCUAAAAUAUCACCAGCGACAUUUACUACGCCGCCGCAUCGUAGAUCACUCACGAAGACGAAAAGGAUCAAUGACAUCGGUGCGGUGAGCAGACGCGCAAAUGGAUGUUCAACUAGGAAGUGCAGGAUUCCUCCGGGGCGCCAAGUACGUCGUCCUGCAUUUAGUGUGCCCGCCUGCUUGCUGUCCAAAAGGCGACAAACCAAAAAUAAAACCGCGUCUGCUCCGCGAACAACGGCGCCGUUGUCUGGAAAGUUCCUCACAACGAGCAUGUGUCCUGUCAGCAGGUCGCUGAGUAAGAGGACUUAAAGUUGCUCGAGUAGAAAGCACUCACACGCGCGCGCGCGCACACACACACACAGUUAUUCUUGCUCAAGAUAGCAGAAGAAGCUCAAGCAUAAUAAGCAUCAAAGAUUAGACAGCGGUGAAACAAAUGCAAAAUUGCACUCUGUAAUACUAUACUUAUAUACAUUUUUAAAAAAGUUCCGCGAUUGUUUGAAAUACACAACCUGUUAUUCUCUUUGCUGUAGGUUCAGUUUGACAGCAACCUUCCGCCGAGAGUGGCAAUAAAAAACGUGAAGCCUUUUUAUUUUUCACGCGUAUUUACCUAAGUGGAGCCGGCGCUGCAUGAGUUAAGAUGGGAGAAUUACAGUCCUAAACAAAGUUGGACCCGCUGCCGGAAGUAAACGCAGCGUUCAGCUGCGGUCCCGAGCGGCGGCGUCCGCCGGCGCCGUUCCUCGGCAAAACGGGACGGUCGCCUCGCCGUCCCGUUUUGCAGAGGAACUUCAACUUCUUAGAGGAUACAUCAUAUUUGCCUGUGAGUAAUAUUAAUGAAGCUAUUCGUUAGCCGGUCUAUGGCGUUUUGCAUUGCGUGUUAGCAUUAAGCUUGUGUCCUUUUCUAAGGCAAACUUUCUUGGUUGUUAUAAAUCCACAAAGUGUAAUUAUUUAACAGCUUAACAGUUAACCGCAACUGGGCAGCGGUGGUUUCUGAUAUGUGCACAGGGCGGCAUUUUUUUUUGGGGGGGGGACGGGGACGGGGGGCACGGCGGUCCCCUCCAAAGGAAGUGCUCUGUGAAAUGCUUUUGUAUUGGCAUCAGACACGUAAGUCCUUGUUGUUUGUAUGAGGAUUUACCCCGAUGGUGGGCGGGGCAGGGGAGGGGGCGCCAUUCAAGCUCGGACCGCCGCCGCUCCACAAUUAUGCUGCAUUUCCACUCAGCUUAAUAUUUUUGUUUGGUGCCGUGCGUGAGCGUCUGAUGCAAAAUAUGCACAUUGGCGAAAUAAAGGUCGGGGGCACGAACGGAAUAGGGGACAGCUUGUGCCCACGACGCAUUGGAACAGCAGUAGAAAAUGGCCAACUACCUCUGCGGGGCACGAGAGGGGACGAUCGCAAAGACGGCAGCAGCUUCCGCCAGUUGUGCAGCAGCGGCACAACAGGCCGAAGCCGGAUCCUUCCCCCUCUCGUUACGUAAGACGCGCAGAACGGAGGCAAGGGAGUGCAUGGAGGGGGGAGCCAAAAUGGAGGACGGAGGGAUGUAAUUGCUAAGGAGAUGCGGAGGAGCCGCAGUUUUGAAAGCCAAAAUCAGAGGCUUUGAAAUGGAGCAAGAAAGAGAAACAGAAUGAAACGUUUUCUUCUUUUCGCUCUACUCGACUUGAACGUGCUACGCUUUUUGGCAUUUUCCCACAGAAAUCAUCCUUCCAUUCACGAUAGCGCCUGUCCUCGUUAGAGUCGGCGCGGUUGAUGACUUCGUGUAAACCGAGUCCGGCUUCAUGUCGCCACGUAUCAUAUGAAACGCCAUAAACGGGCUAAGAAUCAGUCUUUCAAUCAACCGCUACUUCGACACAGGCGGAGUAAUCACACGCAAAUGUUCUCUGUUCUGUGGGGACAACUAUUACUGACGCGCAGUUUGAGGACCUUCCCUGCCUCUUCUUCGUGCUCUUAGUGACGCAGCAUCCCUUCCGGUAGAGCUCACUGCUGCCCGGGAUGUUGUGGAGAAACGCGGUACUACACCGAAGGUGCACAACUCCAAAUUCAGACUCGCUUGUGUACGGUUAAAAAAAACAAAAAAACAAAACAAAAAACUUCAAACUUAAAAAAACGAUCAGUUCAAAGUAACGUGCAAACAGUGUCACGUUCACUGCGUUCUAUGGGUCACCUUCAGUUGUGUGCUUCUUUUGUGACUCACAUGAGACAAAUAGACCCCAAAAAAGAUGAUUCGUGUCCUUUGCGGCAUCUUGUGCGUGCAUGUGAACUUCUAUUUUGUUUCUUCUUUUUGCAUGUGACUGCACGCAUGUGAGAGUGUGUGUGUGUGUGUGUCGCCACUGGCUCUUGUGUUUGUGUGCGCUUGUGUGUCCUGCAGCCAGAGCAACCAUCUGUGCGAGAAGGAGUGACAGCGUGACAGGGGGGCGGGGGGGAGGGUCUUCCUGCCUCAUGUCUCCACUGUGCUCUCCUUCAUGCUCGCUCAUUAGGAGCUGACAAAGAAGAAGAAAGGUACCGAAUUAAAAAAGGAAAACGCGAGACAGAGGAGGAGCUGUCCACUCUGCUUAACACGGACGAGCGAGCGCGCUCGUCUGAGUCAAGAUGGGGGAGGUAACCAUGGCUACCAGGGGGGCUCGGCAGGAAAACGAGGCCUUUGGAGGAGCUCAAGUGCGUCUUGAAUGUGAAGAGAUGGCGUUCCCCCUGGCGCUGCUGCUGCUGCCGCUGCUCAGCCGCGCGGCUAGCGGCCAAGACCCCGGCGAUUCGGAGGCGCUCCCGCCAGGCUGCGGUUGGGGCCCGGGGCGACCCUACACCCUCCUCUGCGACCUGGACGCCGUUUGGGGCGUGGCCGUGGAGGGCGUGGCCGCGGGCGGCACGCUGGUGGCCGUCCUGCUGGCCUCGGUCCUGCUCUGCCGCCUGCGGCGCAUCGGCGAGGCGGACAAGCGCAGCGGCGCGGGGCCCGUCCUGCUGCUGCUCCUGGGCGUGGUGGGCUUGUUCGGGCUGAGCUUCGCCUACCUGAUCGAGCGGGACGAGUCGCUGUGUCUGCUGCGGCGAGCCCUGUGGGGCCUCCUGUUCGCCGUUUGCUUCUCCUGCUUGCUGGUGCAGGGGGUCCGCCUGCACCGGGUGGGACGGGAGCACCGCAGCCCGGGCGGAUGCGCCUUGACGGGCCUGGCGUUGGGUCUGAGCGCCGUGCAGGGCAUCAUCGCCGCCGAGUGGCUCCUCCUGACCGUGCUGAGGGAGGGCCGGGCCGCCUGUCAGUACCUCCCCAUGGACUUCUCGCUAGCCUGCAGCUACGUGCUAGCCCUGCUGCUAGCCGCCUUGACUUCCGCCGCGCUGGCCCUGUGCGGGAAGACGCGGCAGUGGCGCUGCAACGCCGUCUGGCUGCUGGUCACCUGCCUCCUGUCCCUGCUGCUGUGGGUGGCCUGGGUGGGCUUCUAUCUCUACGGCAACGCCUGGCUGGGGAAGUCGCCGGAAUGGAACGAGCCGGCGCUGGCCGUGGCCCUGGUGGCCCAGGGUUGGCUGCUGCUCAUCUUCCACGCCAUCCCCGAGGCGCACAUGUGCAUGAAGCCGCCGCCGCAGCCCAGCGCCCCGGACUACUUCGACACGUCGCAGAACUCCACGCGGAUGAGGGAGACCAGCUUCGACGAAGACAUCCCGCUCUCUCACAGGCAGUUUGUGGAGAACCAAGGCUACGGAUACAACGACGAGAACACUGCAGGCCUGAGAAGCGGAGGCGGCGGCGGCGGACAACACAACACCAACACGGGCGCCAGGCCCAGCGCCCCCUUCCGCAGCAACGUCUACCAGCCCACCGAGAUGACCAUGAUCCUGAACGGGGGAGCGGUGCCCUCGGCCCCUCCCACCUACACGGGGAGACAGCUGUGGUGAGCGGCGCCGGAUCGGACAGACGCGCGAGGGGCGGCGAGCGUACUUCAAAACAAAACAAAAAACCAAAAAAAGAAAACUACACGGAUGCCACUUUCACUCUGUACAGAAUGUGUGCCAAGCAAACAGUGCGUAUAGAAAGGAGGCCAUGGGGGACAGAGCUCAACGUCUUCAAGCACACCAAUCUCUCGAGAACGCCUUUGUGACCGGCAGACGGCCAAAGACAAACACGGCUUCUUCUUCGGCUCGACUGCAGCACUGUAAUCAUCCUUACAACUGUGAACGUCCUUCAAUUGGCUCUGUCCUCCAUCCGUCCUCGCAGUGUCAACAACAACAACAAGCCCCCUCCCGUUCAAGACUGUAUGAUGAUACAUAGCCCCCCUCCCACAUUUCUUUGCAUGGACACGAGAAGUGACACGGCCACAAAAAAAAGCACCACCUGCACAGCGGCGCUGGAAGCGAGCGUCCCGACCGGCGGCUCGGUGAAUCCGGGUCAAGCGGCGGGGAUGUUUUAUCACGCGGGAGGAAAUGGAGCGAGGACUGCCCAGAUCACAUUUGCAGCGCCAGCUUGGAAGAGGGAGGAGGAGGGAGAGUGCAACUGGGGAAUCUUCCUUCCAUCCAUCAGAGAAAAUCGCCGUUCGUGGACGUGAGUGGGAGCGGCCCUCUUCCUCUUCCUCGCGUCUGGAGGACGACUCUCGUUUCACCACAGUCUCCUUGUCAACGCUGCUUCUCCUUCAUCCUCUCACCGGCUUGCACUGGAGAAGCUGUGUACAUACUGUACAACUGAUGAGUAUAUAUAUAUAUAUAUAUAUAUAUAUAUAUAUAUAUACAUAUACAUACACAAAAAGCCCAGCUUGCUUGUUUACGUGAUUCUAUUAUGAAUUAACCAUAAGACGUUCCGACCAGUGAUUCCCAACCUUGAUCGAGCCGAGGCGCACCACUGAACAAAAAUGUCCCCACAAGUAUACAGUGUACUGAAAUAAAGGUGAUCUUGUCUUCAUUGGGUUACAAAUAAACCGCUUACCGCUUCAAUUGAACACAAAGCUAUUAAGACCAUUUUUCUACGCAAGUAUCUGCGUAAAACAUGCAGUCGGGGGCAUCGCCUGACAUCUGCGGCAGAAAGGACGACGCUGAACAAGCUAUUUAUCUUAUUCGGUUGUAUGAACGGCAACAGGUGAACACAGGUUAAUUGGACCUUCUGCCAUCUACUGGAAGACGGGCAUUGUUCUGCCCGUCACUAUACAGCGCUAGCAUAGCUAGAUAAACAAAGAUAAAUGAUUUGGAGUAUAUUCAUGAUAAUUCACACUGAUGUGCUGCAUGCUGAGUGGUUGCGAAUCACUGGUUUAGACAAAUUAUAACAUAAUGUUAAUGUUAUAACUACUAUUUUAACUUCUUUUUUUGUUUCUUUGCAUUCAUGCAUUAGCGUGCUCUUACUGUCUUUUUUUCAAUAUUUCUGUUUACAUUUUUUUAGCAGCAUGGUGUCAAGUCCAGGCAGUUUUUUUUUUGUUUUUUUUUGCGCAUCAGAGAAAAAAAAAUGGCUGCGAAUAAUAAUUAGUGGCACUUCAUGCAGUAAGAAAAAAAGCUACUGUUGUGAGUUGAUACCAAAAGCUGAGCGCGGGGCCAGGCGUAGGAAAGCCGCUUAACAGCAGCCAAGCGGCGGCCAUUGUGGUGCCCUCGCAGCGACACCCGAGCGAGAAAAGGCUACACGACACGCCCAAACGCCGCUUGCCCGACGUGGGCAGGGGGUAAGAUUGGCAACCUGGGGUGGGGUUAGCUUGCAGUACAAGAACAAGUGGUGGGUCAAGAUCAGUGGUGUGCAAAGGACUUGGGGGGAUUGGUCUCGAUCAUGCCAGGGGGCGGGCAUCCAAAUGGAUCAGGGUGGGCAUCAAUCACAAUCCCCUCCACUGAUGCUUCUUUACAAAAUCUCAUCACCACUCCCACCUUGAGCUUUUUGUGCCACUGGUUAAGAUUUGCAGCAGGGUAGAAAAAAGUUAGCGUGGGCCACAGGAACAGGGGGGCGGGGGGGUGCUACUGCUAACGCUACAUGAGUGCGACUACUUGGGUGAAUAUACUGUACAACACAGGAGCAAUGGUUCACAUGGUAAGGAACAACUUAACAGUGGCAACAGGAACAGGGGUUGGUAGAGCGGGCAACAGGAAUAGUCGCAAAAGUGGGUUAACGACAUGGGAUACUGGAACGAGGUUGAAAAACAUGGGCCACGGGAGCAAGAAUUAACUUGGGCAACAGGAACAAGGUUUUACAUGGACAACAUGGACAGGGUUUAACAUCAGCAACGGGAACAGGGUUCAACAACAUGGGCGAAAGGCACAAGCGUUAACAUGGGCAACGCGAACACACAGGAAGGAACAAUGUCAUGGGCUACAGGAACAACAAUUAAGACCGCCUACAGGAACAGGGAUUAACACGGGCUCGGAAGGAAGGGGUUAACAUGGUCAGGAACCGUGGCAGACAGGGGCAAUGGGAUCGUGGGCAACAGGAACAAGGAUUGACAACAUGGGCUACAGGAAAGAGCGGUGAACAUGAUCAGGAACCUUGUUUAACUCAUUCACUGCCAGCAGUUUUAGGAUGAUCUGAUCUUUUCAAAACCUACACUAACUUGUCUUCUGCACCAGACCUAGCAAAAGAAAGAGUUGUCUGUCAUUCACCAGAAAAAAAGUUUGUUUCUAGCUUUUCCUUUCUUAAGUAAUCGGCAGUAGAACACGGGUCGGUUUCACCCAAAACACCGCUUUCCGACCCAAGUGGAGAAAACGACCUCACAAACUUCAUGUCUGAUCAAAAGACAUUCAUCGACAGGGAGGGGGGACAGUUUUAACGCCCAUCCAAAGCCGUUUGGAUGCCAUUUUGAUGGCUGGGGCCGGCGCCCCCUCCUCCUUUCCACGCAACUGACACCGUACAUAUCCAGACUCUGUUCAAGUUUGAGGUUUCCAAACAUGUCCAAUUUCCAACAUGUCCCCGUCAUAACUGACGUACAAAACUGAGGUUGACCUCAUAAUCUUGAUCUUUUGAUCAAAAGCGGUGCUGAUCUCAAAAUCAAAGCAAAUGCAACACCGCCAUCGACAGGGAUCUCUCGGUCGUUACAGCGGUUCACAAACCUGAAUUUCACAGACAAGCUAGGCGAGACCCUCUUCCACGCCUAGCCGCUGAAAAAUGUACGUGAUGAAUACCUACGUCGGCGACGGUACGCGCUUGGUGUCCGGUCGGCGAAUAUAAACGUCCACGGCAGUGAACGAGUUAACGGGGGCAACGGGAACAAGGGUUAACUACAAGGCGUAGCGGAACAAGGGUCAACACGGGUCACGGGAGCAUUAACAUGAGCACGGGUGAGUGACUGCAACAACGUUUCGCAGGGUCCGCAGCACACGAUGAAAUUUAAGUCUCAGCGUUUUCAACACUUGUGAUGUUUUCACUCUAUGUCAAGCAAAAGAAAUAACAACAUGUGACUUUGUAGAUUUUGCACUGUCCUACAGUAUGUGUGCAUGCUCUGCACCAUUUGUGUAAGACCUUUCUCUCAGAUGUACUUUUGAAUACUAACUAUUUAUGUGCAGGUCAUGUGACAACAAUCAUACUUUCAGUGUACAUCGGAUGAGGCGUUCAGUGUCUGUCAACGGAAGCGGAUUUUUAAGCUUCAAGUCAGAAGGGAAAUGGGUCUUCAAAACAAAAAAGACUUUGAAAGGGGGUACGGACUCUUCCACCUGAUAUAUCAUCUUUGUCUUAUUAUGUGGUGAAUUUGCACAACAUUUCUCUGUGAAGUGGAGGUGGGCGGCGUCAGGGUGGUUUUGGGUCGGGGGCGGGGGUCGAGCUCACUUAUCCCCCCCCCCCGAGUUUGACUCGUCCUCGUCCCGUCUCGAUGCGCGUCGCCUUCGGACCGUUCCGUCGGGACGGCUGACGGGGGCGAUGUUGGCUUUCGCAGCUGUGACCGUGCACUGACGUCGAGCUUCGGUCGUCCUCCCCCCCACCACGACAACAAUUAAAAUAUCAUGAUUACAAACAAAAAGAAACACUUCACUCUUUGUGUCACUAAUUCAGGAAAAACAUUCAAUAAAAGUGUAAUGUUUAGGUA